GUUAGUGUCAGAGUUUGAAUAUAAUCAUUAUAAUGGCUGGAUUUGGCUUUGUAGACCAGGCAGUAAAAUCUAUAAACACUGUAGAAGAAUACAUUAAAGUAGGGAUGGAUAUUGCAAAUGAAGUUGCUCUAGAUUUUUUGGAAAGUAACAAAGAACAGUCAGAGAAAAGUAUUAAUGAGAUACGGAAAGUGAUCUUGAAUUUCGUCAAGAUGGACCAAGAAAUAAAACAUCUUCAGGAGGCAGUAGAAUAUGUUAAACAACAGCCUCAGGACAAUGGCGUGAGUUUAGAAAGUCUUCUUGACAAGAAACUGGUUGAGCUGGAUGCAGGAACCACUGUUUCAAUGUUACUACAGCAUGAGAAGGUACAGGAGUUCAAUCAACGAAUGUGGGAAACUUUACAUCCAGAUGAAGCCUACUCGGCAGCAGAGUUUGGUUUUCCAGCACCAGGUACUGACGCAGAGGUUGAAAUGACCCAGGAAAAUGUGAACACAAAAUGUCCCUACACUGGUAUGGAGAUGGUAAACCCAGUAAGAAACAAAAAUUGUGGACAUAAUUAUGACAUGGAGGGUAUCCAACAGUAUAUCAAACAAAGGAAGAAGAAAGCGAAGUGCCCAAUUGCAGGCUGUUCUAAUGAAAAACCAGUGGAAAUGUCGGACUUAGAAGAGAAUAAAGAAUUGAAAAGACAUAUUGACAGAGUAAACAGGAUUGCGAAAAAAGGAAAGAAAUAGUUACUUAGAACAAAUUAUUCACCACCACGUGUUCAGAAAAACAAUGUGUUACAAAUAGUUACAUGGACAUAAUGACUUCAUUGUGUAAUAUAGUAUAUGUACAUAAUGACUUCAUUGUGUAAUAUAGUAUAUGUACAUAAUGACUUCAUUGUGUAAUAUAGUAUAUGUACAUAAUUUCUAACAUGAUUUGACAAUAUAUAUUUAUACUAUUACCUGUACAAUUUGUCUUUUUUUUUCACCAUAGAUAAUUCUUUUUAUGCCCCCACAAUGUGGGAGCAUAUAGCGUUGCACUUGUCCGUCCGUCCGUCAGUCCCGAAAUCUUGUGAACGCAACUGCUCUUAAACCGAAUGGCAGAUUUUGCUUAAACUUACAGGGAUGAACAACCUUAAUGUGUAGAUGGUAGUAAAGGAAGGAAUUUUCGCUGCGACCAAAUUUAACAGAAUUAUGGCCCUUUGUUGAUUUUUUCACUAUAUACUAUGUAGAAAUUUUGUGAACGCAACUCCUCUUAAACCGGAUGGCAGAUUUUGCUUAAACUUACAGGGAUGAACAACCUUAAUGUGUAGAUGGUAGUAAAGGAAGGAAUUUUUGCUGCGACCAAAUUUAACAGAAUUAUGGCCCUUUGUUGAUUUUUUCACUAUAUACUAUGUAGAAAUUUUGUGAACGCAACUCCUCUUAAACCAGAUGGCAGAUUUUGCUUAAACUUACAGGGAUGAACAACCUUAAUGUGUAGAUGGUAGUAAAGGAAGGAAUUUUCGCUGCGACCAAAUUUUACAGAAUUAUGGCUCUUUGUUGAUUUUUUCACUAUAUACUAUGUAGAAAUUUUGUGAAUGCAACUCCUCUUAUACCGGAUGGCAGAUUUUGCUUAAACUUUCAGGGAUGAACAACCUUAAUGUGUAGAUGGCAGUAAAGGAAGGAAUUUUUGCUGCAACCAAAUUUAACAGAAUUAUGGCCCUUUGUUGAUUUUUUCAUUAUAUACUAUGUAGAAAUUUUGUGAACGCAACUCCUUAAACCGGAUGGCAGAUUUUGCUUAAACUUUCAGGGAUUAACAACCUUAAUGUGUAGAUGGUAGUAAAGGAAGGAAUUUUUGCUUUGACCAAAUUUAACAGAAUUAUGGGACUUUGUUGAUUUUUAGUUUUCAACUUGUUGCACAUGUAGUCCAAAAAAUAUUUGACCUACAGUCGUAAGAUUGACAGAACAGUGGCGUGUGGGGGCAUCCGUGUCCUAUGGACACAUUUCUAGUUAUGUAUAUGUAUUUGUGCCACUAAAGUUAUUCUCUUGACCACCUUUCCAAGUCGUCUUCUGUCAAGGACAUUGGUGGGGGUAUGAAUCGCAUUCAGCGAUAGUUCUAGUUUUUUGUGCAUUCAGCUAUAAAGAUGACUGUUGUGAGGGUAUUUUAUCACAAGACAGUAGAUCUCAUUUAUGAACAAACAGAAAUGAGUGUAAGUUGUGUUUUCAUUAUGGAUAACGUGACAAGUUUUACUGGUCAUGUGACAUUUCAACCUGGAAAUUAUUUUUAUCCAAAGCUUCUUUUACAUAUUGAGUACAGAUGAUUUGACAAGUGUAGACACACCUGAUGCAAAAUAGAGGAUAUUGAAUGAGUUUAAGUUCAACACUGAAAAUUGCACGAGUUGAAUAAAAUUAUAUUAUGCGAGCCUCUGGCAAGCAUAAUAUUAUUUCAUUCAAGGAUUUCAAUAAAUUCAGUAAUGGACCUACACGAAUUUAAUAUUCUAUUUAUCACAUACCAAAAAUAAAGACUGUUUCAAGUGAAAAAAGAGUCAUUUUUCAUUGACGCGCCUAUAGUAUAACGCAAACAUCUAACGCGUCUUAACACUAUGUAUAACGCUAAUGACGUCAUGUCAAAAAAUAUGCACGGCCGUGCAAUACCAUUUUUACAUGUCACAAAAUGGACACGGAUGUGUGAUAAAAUUGUCUUUGUUUUUUGUUUAUCAAACAACAUAUUUUCCAUUUUAUAUAUAAAAGUAAAUGCUAACAAGUAAAUGCUAUUAUUUCUAUUUUUCGUGAACAUUUUAUAGUGAUCUGAAGACACCACUUACGUUUAUAUUUUAUAGGAGUAAUUGUAUCUAUUUCUUAGGCAUAAGUGCCUUGAUUAUCAGAAUGAAAAUAAGUACAUAAUAU